AUGGCAAACGUCACCGGUACCAAUGGCAUCACUGGCGCCAACUUCGACAUAUACGGUGCGAACCGCGUACUUCCCCGGGCAAUGACCGCAUUCACAGCUAUUGCUUGGUAUAAUUCGAUCGAACUACUCAUCCUUGUCUUCGUCAAUUUCAGGAGGUACUCCGGCUUGUACUUCUGGAGUCCUAUAGUCAAUGCGAUCAGCAUUGUGCCGUAUGCGACUGGAGCAUGGAUGAAACAAAACAACGUUGCACAUAAUCCUUACGUUUACAACACCCUCCUUACGCUCGGGUGGGUUUUGAUGGUUCCCGGGCAAUCAGUCGUAAUGUACUCUCGCCUGUACCUGAUCUCCCCGAACCUUAAACUCCUGCGUCUCAUCUUUUGGCUAAUUGUUACUUCGGCAAUAUAUCUGUGUGUACCUACUGUUACCCUGAAUCUACGGCAAUACACCAAGCAUCCGGAAUCUUACACACGCGACUACAUGGUCAUGGAGAAGAUACAUAUGACUCUUUUCACUGUUCAGGAAAUCUUUAUAUUCUGCGUCUAUCUGUUGGAGACCCGCAAGCUAAUGCGUGUCAUCUUCGACGGCAAAGCCAGGAAGUGGAUGUGGCAACUUGUUGUAAUGAAUGUACUCCUACUGAUACUGGAUAUCGCUUUACUCACGACAGAUUUUCUGGAUCUCUACAUGAUACAGACAACCUUCAAAUCUCCUGUGUACAGCUUCAAGCUCAAGAUUGAGUUCGUAGUCCUUAGCCAGAUUGUCCGCGUCAUUCAAGAUCGUGCGCAGUCUGGUAGUUCAGUCGCCGCACUUCCAUCAACUCUGGUGUGUCAACCGUGCGCAGGAAAACCGAUAACAAGUCAAAUCUCAGAGGUAGAGGACAUGCAACGCAACGUGCCACUGGAGUGGCGGCUAUCGAAAGACACUACAGCUUUGGUUUCGCCAGUCGCGCUCACUGUGGCGAGAAAAGACGACGUCGAAAGUGCCAGAUGA